AUGGCUCUUAUCCCCGUCCCCCUGACCGCCGAGACCACCAACACCAGCAUCGAACAAGAUUACCUGACCGUUUCCGACGUCUUCUCCACCGGAUGGAUUGCUGUCACCAAGUCUGGCUUUGAGCCUGGUGACACUGUUGCUGUCUUUGGUGCUGGUCCUGUAGGCCUGCUCGCCGCGUACUCCGCCAUUCUUCGUGGUGCGUCUCGGGUAUACAGCGUUGACCAUGUUCCCAUGAGACUCGAGAAAGCCGCAUCCAUUGGAGCCGUGCCCAUCAACUUCAUGGACAGCGAUCCCGUACAGCAAAUCCUCGCAUACGAGCCUGGUGGCGUCAUUCGGGCCGUGGACGCUGUCGGCAUGGAAGCCAUCACUGCCAACGGUACAAUGCAGCAAAACAUCGUGCUGAACCAGAUGGUCGAACUUGUCGCAGCAGGUGGCGGGAUUGGCCAGAUUGGGAUCUACCUGGCCCAACCGAACACUGGUUUGGCUCCGAAUGCGGAGAGAAUCACGCCGGAAGUCUCGUUUCCCCUCACACAGUUCUUUUCGAAAGGCAUCAGAUACGAAGGCGGAAUCGCAGAUCCUGAGACUGUUGCUGGAGAACUUGUCAACUUGAUUUCCAGAGGCAUUGCGAAACCAGGCUUCGUGGCUAGCGCGUCUAUCGAUAUUGAGGAAGUCCCUACGUACUAUGAGCGGCUAAGCAACCAACAGGAGCUCAAGGUGUUCAUUAAAUUCCCUUGA